AUGGUAACAAAACCAGGCCUUGCUCUCACGUGUUCUGCACGUGUUUCAAUCUUCCUCUGCGCUCUAGUCCUAUCCACUGCCCUCCAUGGAAGCUCAGAGAACCACGAAGCCAUGAUUCAGGACAUAGCUAGAAAGCUCAAGCUGAAGGACAACGAGAUUCUGGGGACCGAGAAAAAGUUCAAGAUUUUCAUGGAAAAUUACGGGAAGAAGUAUUCAACAAGGGAAGAGUACCUGAAACGUCUUGGGAUUUUCGCAAAAAACAUGGUAAGAGCUGCAGAGCACCAGGCACUGGAUCCAACGGCCACCCACGGUGUUACACAGUUCUCCGAUCUCUCCGAGGAGGAGUUUGAGAGGCUCUACACCGGCGUCAAAGGAGGGUUCCCGUUGACCAAUAAUGGAGCCGGCGGCAGUGAAGCGCCGCCGUUGGAGGUGGAAGGGCUGCCGGAGAAUUUUGAUUGGAGAGAAAAGGGGGCUGUUACUGAAGUUCAGAUGCAGGGCAAAUGUGGAUCUUGCUGGGCUUUCAGCACUACAGGAUCUAUAGAAGGUGCCAAUUUUAUUGCCACAGGCAAGCUCCUGAAUCUAAGUGAACAACAGCUCGUAGACUGUGAUAACAAGUGUGACAUAACAGAUAAGACAACUUGUGAUGAUGGAUGUAAUGGAGGUCUUAUGACAAACGCAUAUAAUUAUUUGAUUGAUGCUGGUGGGUUGGAGGAGGAGUCUUCAUAUCCUUACACAGGAGAUCGAGGUGAAUGCAAGUUUGAUCCAAAGAAAGUAGCAGUUAGAAUCACAAAUUUCACAAAUAUCCCUAUGGAUGAGAGACAAAUUGCUGCAUAUUUAGUCAAACAUGGUCCUCUUGCUGUUGGCCUGAAUGCGAUUUUCAUGCAAACUUACAUGGGUGGUCUCUCAUGCCCUCUCAUAUGUAGCAAGAAAUGGCUCAACCAUGGUGUGUUACUUGUGGGAUAUGGUGCAAAAGGAUUCUCCAUUCUCAGGCUUCGCAACAAACCAUACUGGAUCAUCAAGAAUUCAUGGGGGAAGCAAUGGGGAGAAGAUGGAUAUUACAGGCUUUGUCGAGGGCAUGGUAUGUGUGGAAUGAACACUAUGGUUUCUGCUGUGAUGGUGGCUCAAACACAAACAGCUACAAACAAAUUAUAUGCUUCCUAUUAG